AUAAAAUUAAAGAAAAAACAGAAAAAGAGAGAAAUUAAAACUAAAUAAGGUCAUACUAGAAUAAUAUAUCAUCUUCUGAAAAAAGAAAAUGCAAACGAUAGCAGUGUUUGUGUGCAUGCUAUUAUCAUGGAUUUUGAUACACAGAAUGAAUCAGAGGAGAGGGAAAGGGCCGAAAACGUGGCCGUUUUUGGGUGCAGCAUUGGAGCAGCUGAUAAACUACGAUAGAAUGCACGAUUGGAUCCUCAAUUACUUGUCGCAGUCGAGAACCGUAGUCGUGCCGAUGCCUUUCACGACUUAUACUUACAUCGCCGAUCCUGCUGACGUGGAGCAUGUCCUCAAAACCAACUUCUCUAAUUAUCCCAAGGGUGACGUGUAUCAUUCGUAUAUGGAAGUAUUGCUCGGAGACGGCAUAUUUAACGUGGACGGUGAGCUAUGGAGGAAGCAAAGAAAGACAGCUAGCUUCGAAUUCGCUUCGAAAAAUUUGAGGGAUUUUAGUACUGUUGUUUUCAGAGAGUAUAGCCUUAAACUCUCUUCAAUUCUCUCUCAAGCCUCUCUCAAUAAUCACCAACUAGACAUGCAGGAACUUUUGAUGAGGAUGACUCUAGACUCAAUAUGUAAAGUGGGAUUUGGUGUGGAGAUAGGAACAUUGGCUCCAAAUUUACCGCACAACGAGUUCGCAAACGCGUUCGACACUGCAAACAUGACCGUCACGCUUCGAUUCAUCGAUCCCUUUUGGAAAUUAAAAAAAUUCUUCAAUGUGGGGUCAGAAGCUGUUCUUGACCACAACAUCAAAACAAUCGACGACUUCACUUACUCCGUCAUCAGAACAAGAAAAUCCGAAAUCCAAGAAGUCGACGCAGACGAAAAGAUGAAGCAUGAUAUAUUGUCGAGAUUUAUCGAGCUAAGCAAAGACCCCGAGAAUAAAAUGACCGAUAAAAGUCUAAGAGACGUUGUUCUCAACUUUGUGAUUGCCGGUCGAGACACAACUGCAACGACGCUUUCUUGGGCCAUAUAUAUGGUAAUGACGCAUGCUGACGUGGCGGAUAAGCUCUACUCGGAGCUUCGAAAAUUCGAAGAGGAACGCGAGAAGGAAGAGGGUUUUUCUUCGUCGAAUAAUGAUCAAGAAUCGUUCGACGAGAGAGUUAGCCGAUUUGCAGGGCUUUUGAGCUACGAUUCGUUAGGGAAAUUGUACUACUUGCAUGCUGUGAUAACCGAAACCCUUCGAUUAUACCCUGCUGUACCUCAGGAUCCGAAAGGAAUAUUGGAGGACGAUGUUUUACCAGACGGUACGAGAGUUAAGGCCGGUGGAAUGGUGACAUACGUACCGUAUUCGAUGGGAAGAAUGAAGUACAAUUGGGGCGAAGAUGCCGCUUCGUUCAAACCCGAGCGAUGGAUCAAAGACGGAAUAUUCCAGAACGCGUCACCGUUUAAAUUCACUGCUUUUCAGGCGGGGCCCCGGAUAUGCCUCGGGAAGGACUCUGCAUAUCUGCAGAUGAAAAUGGCGCUUGCGAUCUUGUGUCGAUUCUACGAAUUCAAUUUGGUGAAAGGGCACAAAGUGAAGUACAGAAUGAUGACUAUUCUUUCCAUGGAAAACGGGCUUAAACUUACCAUCACGAAACGCACUUAAUAAAUUAAAAUGCCGUACGCAAAGUUAAAUGAAAAUACAUGCACACUAUUUUAUCGAAAUAUAUAUUAUACUAUUUUGUAAUAUCAUCGAUUAAUGUUGCCUAGAUAAUAUUAAUCCCGACAAAGGGAUCAAUAAAAUCAAGAUAAAAACUGCGGCAAAAGAGCCGAUUAAAGAUCCCGUGAUGCGAACGCAGAAAGUUUGGUACUGCUGACAAAUAGCAGCCCAAUUUGCCGAAGAGUUGCCCUUGUGUGCUAUGUAUACAAUAGCUGCUGCAGCUGAAGCUCCUGCAGUUAGUACAGUUACCAUUAUCUGCACAAAAUUAAUAUUAAUUAGUCUUGGG